GAUAUCAAACCGAUCUUUGGAAGCACCUCAGCCGCCUUCUCGGACUUCAAGUCGCCGGCGAGAGGUGGAUCGUUUCGCCCGACAACUUGAACUUUAUGUCGAGCGCAGAGAGGCUGCCGGAAACCUUCCUGUCUCUACCCCGACGCCAGACUCUGUGGUGUCGCUUCACACAGUGACGGCACUUCUUCCAUAUGAGGACCAGUUCCAGGCCGCCGGUCUGGCAGUAACAUCUGCACAGCAGCGGCAACGAUCGCCGCCAAAGAUGCUUCCGGUAAAGGAACGACACUUGGUCGCCGUAUCAGAUGAUAAGCUCGCAACGCUGACAAAAAGUUACACUAAGCAACCUCGACGCGAAGGUGAACCAGGCCAUCUUCAGCUUAAUGGCUUAAGGAGCCCUUCGGAUGGCUUCACCACUUCCUCGAGUUCUGGGACACAAGCUGCUUUCACUCAACCGGAAGCCUGGGAGCUUGCCUUUAUCGAUGAAGUGCCGGCAAAAAAGGACAGAUCCAAUUGCUGCAACCUCCCUUGCUUUCCGAAUACAAGGGACCAAUCAGUAGACAUGCCUGCGAGUCGAGCGCCUCCUUUUCCAACGCCCGCAACUAUCGACACUCCAAACAAGAUAUUGGCAAAAUGGCAGCCAGUAUAUCCACAGAGGACGGAAGGCCUAAAAGGAUGGUAUGAACAAGAUGCUCGAGAUGCUCGAGCCAAAACAUGGCAUGGCGACACUGCGCAGCGUCCGUCAACUUAUCGGAAACCGCGUGAGACUCUCCCACCCGUUGACGAGGUAGAGCCUCCGAGUCCAGGAAGUAAGGUACCCAAGAAACCAAGUCGCAGCCCAGAACAGAAAAAACCGCCGAUACCACCCAGGGCGGAAGCCCGUCCUAAAACAUCGAGACAACAACUCGAGCCGCCGACCGAAUCUUCAGGUCUCAGAGGCCUUCGAAAACAGUCGCAACUAGAUGUAUUCACAGGCCAAGAGAACGUCGCGCCGGACGGUAAGCUCUUAGAUACCGUGGCCAAAAAGCCGACUACAGCAGUUGCUACACUUGUUCCAUACGAUGACUCGGCUCCGACACAGCCGAUCGCCCAUCGGCCCUCUCCAGAGCCAAAGGAGCCUCAGGGAACUGUGAAGAAACCCCUUAGGGUAUCCAUCAAUCAGCCCGAACGAAAGGCCAGGGAAAAGGCUCUUCUUCAACGAGGCACGAAAACUGGGCUCGAACACCCGCCUACCUCUCAACCUAGAAGAAUCAUUCGAAGCCUACAAGGGCCUCCCAAAAUCCCCGAGGCAGAUUAUGAAAAACAAUCCGCGGUGGCGAGCCAGGGGACGGUCUCAUCAAACGCAGAUCUCCCGUCUACGUGGAAACUGACCUUGAGUACCUCUUCAUCUCUUGAGCUUGCGAUGGAUGCUGCCUCUCAAGAGACGAAAAGAAGAGAAUCCAAGCUGCCUGAGAGCGAAACAAUCCUGAAGCAGAUUUUGACAGAACAGCCUCAGACUACUGCUGCUCGAGAGGAAAAGAAUAACGAUCGAAUUCCACUUCCUAGUAGCAAAGAAUCCAUUCCGCCGCCCAAGGUACAACCGACCUGCAAGACGUUCAGAGAUGGUAAUGGGCCUGUUUCCAAAGAGCAAGAUGAUUGUGGCAUUGACGACAGGGAUGUAUUGCGAGGUCUCAACAUUGCAAUAUCCGCUGCUUGUGAUGAGGAGGUAGACGCUUGGAUCCGACUGAAAACGGGUGUCCGCAUUCGUCGAUUCUUGGCGGACCUGAAGGCAUUCGAGACUCUUGGUGACGAGCAUGAGCCAGAUCCGGUCAGAGAACGUGCAAGGAAAAGACGAGCUGACUCGAGGAAACUUAAGGCGCAGAUUCAGCAGUCCAAAGCUGCCAGAGAGUCGAGAGCGCAGUGACUAUGGUCCGGCGGAAAAGAAGGGUUAAUGGAUUAAGAAAACAGAAAUGGCUUUGUUCAAUAGUAAUAGAUGCGGCGUCGUUGGCAUGGGGUAGAGGAACCCUACAACAUUCAUACCCCCAAUAGCGCUAAAGUUAGCCAGUUAUUUGAUUGAUUUGAGGC